UGUUAGCUGACAGGCGGCUAACCAAACACGCUAACGAUAAUUUAGCUAAUUCGAGCUAAACCACUUCCUCCUUCCUCAUCCGGCAACAGCCACUCCGAGCCAGCUGGCAAAAAGACCGGGUGCCCCGAUGCGUUUCCCGCGAGGAGGAUGGCUCCACCGCCUCCGCACCACUUAGUCCACCAUUAUGUGUUAAUUUGUUUCACGCUGGCGUCCUAUGAGUUAGGCGUGACAAGACGGUAGCCAAAGGUUCUUGUCCCGUGCGGGGCCGACGACGGCAGCGAGACCUCACCCCCCUCUCUCGCCACGGCCGGAGGAUGCUGAAGCUUUUCGGCGCCCUGGUUCUCGUCGGACUGGCCAUGGCGUGUCUCACCUCCUGGGUGCUGAACAGCUAUGACACGGCUUGGCACCCGAAACGGAGUUUACGAGACCGGGGAACCUUUCCCCCGUUUCCCGGGGACCAGCUGGAUAACAUAUUCUGGUUUGUACAGGUGUCCGACAUCCAUAUCAGCCGCUUUCACGACCCGAGACGGAUUCCCGACUUUGAAAAGUUCUGCACCAACACCAUCGAGGUGAUCAAGCCGUCACUCGUGCUUGUGACAGGCGACCUGACCGAUGCCAAGACGGAGAGCAAGGUGGGCUCCCUCCAGCAUGAAGUGGAGUGGCAGGCGUACCACAACAUCCUCAAGAGGUCUGGCGUGAUGGAGCGCACGCGGUGGAUCGACAUCCGGGGAAAUCACGAUGCCUUCAACAUCAUGUCGCUGGACAGUGUCAACAACUAUUACCGGAAAUACUCGGCCAAUCAGAAGGUGGGCUCCUUCCAUUACGUGCACUCCACGCCCUUUGGAAACUACUCCUUCGUGUGCGCCGAUGCCACACUGACGCCGGGACCCAAGAGGCCGUACAAUUUCUUCGGGAUUCUCAAUCAGACUCAGAUGGACCUGCUGGACACGUUCAGAGUCGAGAGUCUGAAAAGCAACCAGUCAAUCUGGUUCGGCCACUACACCACCUCCACUAUCGUGUCGCCGUCUCCGGGCAUACGGGAGCUGAUGAGAUCGGCCGUGGCCUACCUAUGCGGCCACCUGCACACGCUUGGCGGCCUGAUGCCCGUCCUGCAUAGUCGGCAUCCUCACGGCACGCUGGAACUGGAGCUGGGCGACUGGAUGGACAAUCGCAGGUACCGGGUUCUGGCCUAUGACCACGACCUGCUGAGUUUCUCCGACUUGAGGUUUGAAAAGUGGCCGGCGGUGCUCAUCACCAACCCCAAGGAUGCGCAGUACAUGCAUCCGGACCUGGAGCCGUUGGACCGCAUGCGGAGGUCCACGCACAUCAGGGUUCUAGCCUUCUCUGAGGCUGCCAUCACGGUGGUGCGUGUCAUUGUGGACGGCGAGGCGCUGGGUGAAUGCCACCAUGUCGGCGGGCCCCUCUACGUGCUGCCGUGGGAUCCGUUGCGAUACCUCACUGGGCUACACACCAUCCGAGUCGAGGUGGAGGACUCGUUGGGCCGCAGCAGUGCGCGGGAGCAGCAUUUCUCGCUGGCCAGGGACGGCGUGACCCCGAGCUUCGGUUUUGCGCAGUCCUUCAUACUGCUAACGGAUCACUACGUGGUGGGCCGGGCGGUUUUCGUCAUCACCAUGCUGCUCAACCUGGGCUUGCUGUUGUCCUUCAGGUUCAUGCGCCACUUCCCGCUCGGUCGAGCAGGGUGGUCCUCGCAAGCUUGCAUGUCGCUGCGGCUGGUUAGUAAGGUGGACCACUUCUUCUACUCCCUGCUGCUCUUCAACCUGUGCACGGCUUUGGGGCCGUGGUUCAUCGGCGAGCUGAUUGACGGCCACAGCGGCGCCUGCUUUGCCUUUGGGGUGUUUGUCAACGGACACUUCCUCGAGGGCAGCCUCACUUACGUGGUGGGCGUCAUUCAGCUGUUCUUCUUCAACAUGCCGCUCACCUUGUACCUGUGCUGGAGCCUCCACCUGCGUUGCCGCGGCAACACCUUCCGCUCGCUACUGCUGCGCCCGGGCUGCCGCUGGCGGUGCCUGGUGGUGCACCUGCUCAUGCUGCUGCUGCUGGCCUGGCAGGCGCACUCGUGCUACUUCCUGCUGGAGACGUACGGCCUUUUGGCCUUCCUGCUGUCGCCCGUGCGCACGUGGGCGCUGGGACUGGGCCUGGUGCUGGUCUACCGCGCUUGGACCUGCCCCAUGCCCUCCUGGAGCUCGGUGGCAGGCGGCGGCGGCAACGGCAAGAGCGUCUCGCCGUCCUCCUGACAGUAAAAUACCACUCUCGCCGCAAUCACCGUUCACCUCCGUAUUAUUUACUGCAUUAUGCAUGUUUUUCCAAGUGUAACGCACCGACGAGCACGUUCCUGUGCUGUUAAUGUACACCGAGUGGUUCUCAAACUAGGGUCGCUGGGGGUUCUGCAAAAUACGAUGGUGCCAAAAGAUACAAGUUGAGUCCUUUUUUUUUUUAAAUCAUGGAAAAUAGAACCUUAUAAUAUACUUCAAAACACAAUGAUAGAAUCAAAAAGAAUGUAAAAAUUUCAAACAGUUUGUGCUUCCUGAUUGAAUGCAAUUCAAUUCGUCGUGCUGCUCCCUCUGAUGUGCACGCCUUAGCCUCCGGGUCGUACAAAACGAAGAAGUCACUCCUUACUCGCGGUGACUCAAUUAGCUUCAAUAUGAUUCGCCGUGGGCGGCCCGGUAGUCCAGUGGUUAGCACGUCGGCUUCACAGUGCAGAGGUACCGGGUUCGAUUCCAGCUCCGGCCUCCCUGUGUGGAGUUUGCAUGUUCUCCCCGGGCCUGCGUGGGUUUUCUCCGGGUGCUCCGGUUUCCUCCCACAUUCCAAAAACAUGCGUGGCAGGCUGAUUGGACGCUCUAAAUUGUCCCUAGGUGUGAGUGUGGUUGCGAAUGGUUGUUCGUCUCUGUGUGCCCUGCGAUUGGCUGGCAACCGAUUCAGGGUGUCCCCCGCCUACUGCCCGGAGACGGCUGGGAUAGGCUCCAGCACCCCCCGCGACCCUAGUGAGGUUCAAGCGGCUCGGAAGAUGAAUGAAUGAAUGAAUGAUUCGCCGUUUUUCGCAGAAGAUGAAGAAUGUAUGUUUGGACAUUGUGCCAAUUGAUGCUCAUCAUUAGCCCGUUCGUGGCGUUUUCCAUUAUGUGAUGACACCCCCAUCCCAAAACAAAGACUUUUUUAGUUAACGCCCUUCGGCAUUCAGAAAUUCAUCUCUUUGUAAAUUUUGGGAAGGGGGACCUUAAAAAAAAACAAAAAAAAAAAACAACAACACUCACUUAUUUGCUUUUUUUGUGAAAUGAAUUUGUUAGCCCUAGACAUUUUUUCCCCUUGAAAAUAAGCAACUUUUUCAUGAUGGCAUUCAAGGUUCAAUUACCGUUCAGAUAUUGAGGGGGAUCAUUGAAAAAAAAAAUCUCCCCUGUAAUGAGGCCCUGGACCAUAAAUAGUUUGAGAAGCGCUUGGUGUACACGAGUGGAUAAAAAAAAAUGGAACGAAAAAAUGGAGACGGUCACCCAUGAGCUGCUGUGAUUUGUUUACUUCUGCACUUUGUUUUUCAAAGUGUUGCCUUCUCGUCGCCACUGCCAAAGGACUUCCAAUAACAACCGCAACCACUUCCUGUCAGAUUAUGUCGACUCCAAAAUUUUGCCAGUAUUUCCAAAAGACGUUACAAACGAAAUUUUCUGAUGUUUUUACGAAAAAGGGAAAAAUCUCCAUUGUCUUGGGGAUUGCGAAGAAUCUACGUAGAACGUAUGUUAUGUUCUUCAAUUUCCUGCAUUUAUUGAAGAUGAAAUUGUCUUCAGUAAAAGAAUAAUAAUAAUGAAUUAUUCAGUGAUAUGUAAAAAUCGCCCCUUUAGGUGAAUUUUAAUUAAAUUGGCUUGAAAAAAAAAGAUUUUGGAUUCAGUACAGACUGAAUUUCCUGAUAUUUUAUACAAAAAUUGACAUCAAUUGUCUUCACAUGUUCACUUAAAACGAUUGUAAAUUCGAUUCAACCAAAAGCAACAUUUUCAUAAAUGUUUCCAAGAACAAGCUUUACACAUUCGCUCAAGACUCCCAAGUUCUGGUUAAUGGUUUCAAAAAUGUCUCUGACAAAACCAUAAACACAAUUUUUUUUUAACGUAAAAGCUCACAGUCUACACACUAAUGAUAUUUGUUCGGAUCAUAUUUUCCUGUAAGUGUAGUACAGCCCUUGACAGACCAACUGACGUCCGCUCGUGAUGUGUUCAAUGGCGCUCGGCGGAAGCACUUCUUCCGACGUUUUGCUAUCAUAUCAGCACUGAGCCGUUGGGAUUCUCAGGAACGCGAGUGUUUGGACGCACACACAAUCAAAUCCCACAUAGUAUUUCAGGACUUUUUUUUGUUUGUUUUAUUCCGCAGUAGCUCCGAACAAAAAUAUCACAACAUCCAUAGAAAAAUCAACGUGUGGUGGCUUUAAAUUGUGACAAAAAUAUCAAGUGAAUGUGUUAUAGCUGUGAAAUGAACCUCUAUGCCACUUUUAUUUUGAUUUAUGAUAAUAUUGUGUGAUCUCCCCCCAGUACCACCAUUUCACCGAGUCGGGCGCUGGGUAAAGGGCAUCCCGUUUUGCAAUGAAACAAAGGUGAAGGCAUCAUUUACGAGUUAUACUGUGUGAUUUUUUUCCCCUCAGAUGCCCCCCAUUUCUCUGCAACCGGCAUUAGAUAUUAGGCCCUGCAACUUGGCAUUUUUAAAAAUGACAAUCUAUAAAAUGCUAUUCCCUUCCGCAUCUCCAUUUCAGUGCAGAUGUGGCAAAAAAAAUAUCAUUACAAGGCCUCUUUUUUUUUUUUACGAGUGUUAUCCCUGGCCCUCCCAUUUCACUGCAUCUGGCACUGGGAGAAAAAAAAGUACCUUGAGGAUGUGAAGACCCCAUUUGUGAAU